GGAAAAUGAAAAUUAAAUUAGUGAUAUAUUUUUAAUUUAGUUUAAUUUAGUAGUUUAUAUUUUAAAAUGAGCUUAGAAUAAAUUAUUUAAAUGAGUCAAACUAGUCAAAAUAAACUUGGAAGCAUUUCCUCUUGGCGCAGAAUCACUUCAAUCAGUUCUUAAAUCACGCUAUCUUUGCUAGAUUCUUCCGUUCCAAUCUGCUUCAUAGACGGUUACAAUCAGAGUGAUCCUUAUGGGUUUUUGAUCGGCGAUGAUGUCAGGAAAUGAACCACUUGAGUGUUUCUUCAAUUCGAUUAGUGUUGUCAAAGUGAAUAUUAGGAAGGCCGCAAUGGAUCUUGAGUGUUGUUGGGUGAAGCAACUUUGCAAGUUUCAGAUUUGUGAUGCGAAGAAAAAGGGGUUCUCAAUGAAGGUACAUGUGAAUGAAGGUGAAAUUUGGAGUACAGGGUUGAAGGAGAAGGAGGUUGUUAAUGGCUUAAUACAAGCUCUGCCAUUUUCUUUCAAAUCAGGAGUAAAGAGAUCUCAGAAAAUGGACGGUGAAGAUGAAUUGUGUUCUUGCAUGAAGCUCGCUGUUUUGCCUGAAGAGAAGCUAAAUGGAUCAAAGAGUCAGUUUGUUAGAACUACUUCGGAAAAGGGUGACUGGGAGACAGAAGGGAAACAUGUUCCAUUAAAGUGCAUGAUGGGUUUUAUUGAUCAGUUGUGUCAGUCUCUUCCACAUUUGGAUAAGGUAGUGCACGAAGAUCGGAUUGAUUUCGGGCAAACAUCCCCGCGGCGACCUUCUUCAUCUCGAUUUAGUUAUAAGAAAGUAGUUGCAAAAUGGCUCAGAUUAGAUGUCAAUGAUUUCAUGAGGGAUUUUAGAUUUGCAAAGGUAGGUGGUGUUCCAUCUAGUGUAGUUGGACUAAGCUGCAAAUCAAGAAAUGAAGAUGGAGAUGGUAGUGCAACCCUUGAAAACAAGGAAGCUGAAGGAAAGAGGUUCUUUAAGGAGCUUGACAGAGAUAGCAAUGCCCAUGCAACUUCAGAAGAUCUGGUGAGUAUUUCGUCCGAGACAGCAAGCAUAGCUGCUGUUCCGUCACCUGAUGAAAUACCUGCUGGGAGUGUUCUACGGUCAGCCAUAGCCGGUGGCCUUUCAUGUGCUUUUUCUUGUGCACUAAUGCAUCCAGUUGAUACAAUCAAGACCCAAGUACAGGCAUCAACACUAUCGCUCUUUGAAAUCAUUUCCAUGGUUCCACAGAUUGGAGCAAGGGGUUUAUACAAGGGAUCAAUCCCUGCAAUUCUUGGGCAGUUGUCAGGUCAUGCCUUGCGAACUGGGAUAUUUGAAGCUAGCAAGUUGGUAUUGCUACAUGGUUCUCCUACAAAACUUCCUGAAAUCCAGGUAAAUUCUAUAUUAUCAUUAUGUAGCACAAUUUUGGGAACAGUUACGCGGAUACCCAGUGAGGUGUUGAAGCAGCGGUUGCAGGCAGGACUUUAUGACAGUUUGGGUGAGGCAUUAGUUGGGACUUGGCGCCAAGAUGGACUUGGGGGUUUCUUUCGGGGAACUGGAGCUACCCUUUGUCGCGAAGUUCCAUUUUAUGUUGCUGGCAUGGGUCUAUAUGAUGAAUCUAAAAAGGCCGUUCAACGACUAAUACAGCGGGAACUGGAGCCAUGGGAGGCAGUUGUUGUUGGAGCUAUAGCUGGUGGAUUGGCUGGUGUCACCACAACGCCCUUUGACGUCAUCAAAACUAGAAUGAUGACUACACAGGGUCAGUCUGUCUCAACUGCCGUAGUUGCCUUAUCUAUAUUACGGCAGGAGGGACCUCUUGCCUUAUAUAAAGGUGCAGUUCCCAGGUUCUUUUGGAUUGCUCCUUUGGGUGCCAUAAACUUAGCAGGUUAUGAGCUUGCAAGGAAGGCCCUAGACAGUCUAUCCGGCAAACAGAUGUCGCAGAAGAAGGCGACCGGAUCGGAGUAAUGUGUUAUUCAAGCUCUCAUAUUUGGUGUUCAUUGCUGCUCAUAUUUUGGCUCUCAAUUUGCCAGCAUCUCUGUGACUGUCCAAGAUGCACAUUUUGAUUCAUUGUUUUCUUGUAUCUUGUUCUCAUUCAUUUGUAGCAGAAUAGUUCAAAACUAUUUCAUAGGUACAUUAAUAAUUAAAUUGCCUUCUUUUCAGAGAGAGAGAUAGAAUAAAAAGGGCAGUUAAUUCCUUGAGGUAAUGAACAGAUUUUGAUUCCUGAAUUUCUGUAUCUCGGCUUUGCUGGUCUUAUAGUACAUUCAUAUGCUCAGAGCAACAAUAAAUUUUAGUUGGCCUGUGGCUCAUUUGCCUAGUUUUCAAAA